AUGACACGUCCACCAGGGGCCGCCAGCUGGGGCAGCUUCUCGAGCGAGCCAGACGUGUCCGCUGCCGGACCUGAGGGCCAGACCGUUCCUGAACGAGACGGUCCCUUGUCUUCUACUUCUGUCACCGUGUCCGAUGAUCCGACCGGUGCGGUAGCCCAUUUUCUGGCCAUCCCUUGGUGUCGCGCCCAUCUGCGGCCGGCCGAGAAUGGACCGGCCGGGGCGACGGGCAGCUCGACCCGGAUACGCAUCGUGGUGCCGGCAACGCGCUUCCGCAUCAGCAGCCCCGAGACGGCCGACAACGCGUUCACCAACACGCUCAACUCGCCCGACACAAUCUCGGCGUACGUCGUGUUCUACGAGGAGCCGGCCGACGCGCUGUCGCAUGCACCCAUCGUCGAGCUCAAGGCCCUCAUGACCGUCGGCCCCGGCAUGAACGGCCAUGUGGGCGUGAUGCACGGUGGCCUCGUCGGCACCAUCCUCGACGAGGUGCUUGGCCUGCUCAUGCCGCUCAACCAGCGCCGCCUCAGACGGCUGCAGAAACUGCAGCAACAGCAACAGCAAGAAAACUCGCAGAGCCAGACCCCCUCGCAGACCGACGAGAAAUACUCACCAGCAGAAGCGGCCGCGGUUGCGUCUGCAACUGUACGCCAUGGCUUCGUCACCGGCUUCCUCAACACUACCUAUGUUCGCCCGGUGCGUACGUCGGCCACCAUCCUAGUGACCGCUCGCUUCACGCGCUUGGAGGGACCGCGCAAGUUCUACGUACAAGGCGCCAUCUGGGACGAAGACGCCCAGCUGAGAGCAAAGGCCGAGGCUGUCUUCAUAGCGCUUCGCGACAAAUUAUAA